AUGUCCCAGACCAGCAGCUUCAUCAGCAGCUUCAUCCUCUCGCUGGGCUCAAUCUCCACCAAUCAUGGGGUUAUCUUGGAGGAGGCUGGAAAAAGCACGACCAUUGAAAAACUGCAAACAGAGCAUAUGAACAGACAACUGCACAUCAAGGCCUUGGAAGAAAGGCUAAAGGAAGUACAUGAUCAGCUUCAAACCAAGUUAAAAGCUCUAGAUGCUAUUCAGGAAAAAAAUGCUAACCUGCAACAAGAAAUUGCUUCCCUAAAAGGCACACUUGGAUAUAUAAAAGGAAUGGAGGCAACACACUGUCAACUGCCCCCUACUCUACUCCAGUUGCAGCAGAACUCAGAAUGCAAACCAACCAUCACAUCAAAGUCUUCGGAGAAUGUACUCUAUUCACUGUUCAUGGAAUCCCAUUCAGAAGCCAACCUGUUCCCUGGAGAAUUAUCAUCUGGACUCAUCAGAUUUCCUGAAAAAUCACUUUCUGCACUAGAUAAAAUGUUUGCUCCCAGCUGCAGCUGUGUACUACAAAACCAACAACUUGUAUGCCGCACUUCUUCCAGCCAUGAAACUAAUAUACUUGGACAAGGUCUGGAUUACAUCACAUAUUUAUUUGCGAAGGUCAGAGAAACUCCUUCUUUGUGGGACCUCGUGGGGAAAACAGAAGAGAAGUCUACUGCUGCAGAAUACAUCAGUUCCUCAGCAUGCAGUGCUAUUGGGAACCUUAAAAUUGUCGAACUUCACCCAAGCGGCCAUUUUGUGAAGAUAAUUAACAGUUCUCCUAACACAGAAGAGGAUAUUGGAGACUACAUACUCCAGCAAAAUGUCAAUGGACACCCAAUAUCAUCUUACAAAUUUCCCCCAAGGAUCAGAAUGAAAACUAAUUCUGAAAUAAAAGUUUGGACAGCAAGUUCUAAAAUGACUCAUAAACCUCCAAUACGUUUUCUAUGGGAAAAGCUUGACAAGUUUAUAUUAGGCCCACACUGUACCACAAUCCUUUGCAACCCUUCUGGGCAGGCUGUUGCUUGGUACACUCCAAUAAACCGAAGCCGAAAGCAAACUUUGGAAGGGGAAGAGAGUGUUGGGCCCUUUGACAACCUCAGGCCAUGCUCUUUGCGAAUUCACAAGCCAAGAGGCAGAUGGGAGCUUAAAGCACAUGAUACUGCACAGGUCACAGCCCUCCAAAAUCCUGCAGAGAAGAAAAAAGAACCAGAAUUUAUUAUAAGAGAAGAAAAGACACCACCUCCAUUGUAUCCAGUGCAAAGUUCUUGGUGUCGAAGUCCGAACUCUCCUACACAUCCACAUUACUCGCUGGAAAGACAUUUGGUUAUGGGCAAUGAUGGUAGCAGGUUAUGCAGAUUUCAGUUGGCACGACCUGAUCCAGAUUCUGUGCAACAGAUUAACAUCAUUGACAGGCUAGAAAGAAAGAAAAUUUGA